AUUUUACCUUGAUCUUGGAUACAUAUCGCUUCGUCUCUGGGGUUUCUUUCUCGCGGCCCUGAGUGUGAGGGAAAAUUUCAUGAAAAAGUGUCUUCAAAGUGCGUAAAAAACAUUGACAAGUGAUUGCUAUUUGAAAGAAAGAGAAAUAUCCAAUUUGAGGAUACAAUCGUGAUUGGCACAAAAUGGGCACAUUAAUGUUAAUUGGAGUAUCUGCAUUAUUUGUGUUGACAAGUGCCAUAAGUGUUAAUGCCAAAGAUGAUGCAUCACCAAUGCUGGACACCAUCUUCUGCCCAUUUCGCCCCAAACCAUGGGAUUGCACUCGACAGAAUGUGGCGCGCAUGCUGUCGAAUUGGGACGAAGUGCUCGCAAUGAAACUACAGGAAUUUAAAGAGGAAGCAGAUGCGGAAUAUCAGGCAAAGCUACAAUCACGAGAUUUCACAGCGAGGGAUUUACCACAAGAAAAACCAUCUGCAGUGAUGACCACCGUGGAGAAGACGAUAACAAGUAUUGCUGAAUCCGUUUCGGAACGUCUUGAGGAGUUCCUAAGGCAGCCAAAAUCCGAAGAUCUCGAGAUGGAGGAGAAGCAAAUUCACAAAUUGGGUGAGGAAGAAACAGAUGAACUGAGUGCUUUAGAUGCCACUGAAAAUGAGGCUGAGGGUGGCACUAGCCAGGAUUUGGAAAGUGGUAGAUAUGCUGGAGAUCAACGCGGGAAGAAGAAGAAAAAGAAGAAAGCCCUGAUGAAAUUGCUACUCCUUGGAGCCAUAGUUAAGGGGAAAAUCGAAUUGCUGCUUAAAUUAUUGUCGGCACAUUUGCAACUGAAAUUCCUCGCAAUUGCCGCAAUUGGUUUGUUGGUCAAUAUAGCACGAUUCUGGAUUGAUCUUAAGAAGGGUCACAGUCCGCAGAAGGUUAUUUAUUACGAACAUGCGCAACAUCAGCAUCACUACGAUGACCAUGGGGAUGAUUGGAAUGGCGGCGGUGGCUACUGGAAGCGCUCCAUUGAACCCGGAUCGGUAACUGCUGAGACGGAGGUCCAUGAACUACCCUACAGGUACCAGAGACCUACAUCGGUCUACCAUCAGCCUCAGGCUCCGCCUUACUUGUAUUAACGAACAAAUAGGGCAUAAAGAGAUUACUCCACAACAUUGCGAAAGAAAAAAAAUUAGGCCAAGAAGGAGGAAUAUUGUUAUAUAUAAUUUGGAUAGAUUUCUUUAAGUACCUCUAAUUUAUUUAUUUUUUGUAAAUACUCUCCCUCAAAUUAAUUUAUUUCCCCUCAUCUUUUCAUGUGACCCUUUAGUGGAAGAAGAAGAAUAAGAAAAGAAAAAGAAAUCAAAUCAUUCAUUACAUUGUAACUGUUAAGACGAAGUCUGAAUAAAACAGUGCUCUAAAGUGUAUCAACUCUUAGAAUCAAUUUGGGGAAAAUUCAAAGAAUUUUGGUGGAGUACUCUGCGUUGAUACCACUGCUU